GUUUGUGUCAAACGUUUCCGGUUCAAAGAUUCCCAACGUGGCUACUGAUGUUUUCUAGCGUGGGGAUUUUAAAGCUACGAAAAUAAAGUGACGGAAAGGUGAAAUGGGAGAGUUUAAGGUGCAUCGUGUCCGCUUCUUUGACUACAUGCCCAGCGCUAUCAGAGCCAUGGCGUUCAACAGGCGCACUGAGCGGCUGGCUCUGGCUCGGGCUGAUGGAGCUGUGGAGAUCUUCAGCUUUGCUGACAACUAUUUCCAAGAAAAGGUCAUUCCAGGACAGGACGGCAGAGCUAUAGAGGCUCUGUGUUGGGUUGGCCAGCGUCUGUUCAGUGCUGGUUUGAAUGGAGAGAUCACUGAGUAUGACCUAGAGAACCUCAGGCCCCGCUACACGGUAGAGGCAUAUGGAGGGCCAAUAUGGACCCUCAGCAGCAACAAUCAAGGAACUCUGCUAGCGUUGGGCUGUGAAGAUGGGACUGUAAAGAUUUUUGAAAUCCUGGAGGAGAGAAUUCAGUUUCAGAGAAACCUCGACAGACAGAAAGGUCGCAUUAUUUCUCUCUCUUGGCAUCCCUCUGGUACUCUGAUCGCUGCCGGCAUGAUGGACAUGAUUCGAAUCUUUGAUGCUGAGACAGGCCACGCUACUCACAGACUGCUGGUGGAGAGAGGUGUUGGAGCAUCUAAGAGUAAAGAGGUGGUGGUUUGGAGCAUUGCCUUCCUGUCUGACCACACCAUUGUUAGUGGUGAUUCUGCAGGAAAGGUUCAGAUCUGGGAUGGAUUGACAGGAACCUUGGUUAAAACCCAUCUGGUCACCAAGUGGGAUGUUCUGGCUCUGGCUGUUUCACAGGAUGAGAGCAGUCUGGUCGCAGGCACAUCAGAGGGAACUGUCAUCCAGUUUCAGUUCCUCUCCUCCACAGUGGACCGGCAUGACAAUGAGUGGAUCAGAACAAGGACCUUUAAAAACCACUCCCAUGAUGUGAGGGCGCUGGCUCACACAGACAUUGCUGUGGUUUCUGGAGGUAUGGACACCCAGCUGGUAGUGCGACCUCUGCUGGACAAGGUGGAGAAGAACACCCAAGAGUCAGCGCUGCGAAAGAUAGCAUUCCCACAUAGAAAUCUUGUAUGCUGUGCAAAGAAAGCAGGACUGCUGCUCUUCCAGUUCCCUGACCACUUAGAGGUGUGGAGAGUUGGGGAGAGCGAUGGACAUGGAAAGCCUGGUGAGAGUCUGCCUGUGAAAAGGAAACCAGAGAAACUGAUCCAGCUGAAGACAAAGGGGGAGGAUCAUAUCUGCUGCAGUGCUCUGUCUCCAUGUGGAGGCUGGCUGGCUUACUCCACCAUCUCCAGUGUCCGUCUAUACAGGUUACAGUACAACAACAUCAGCAUCACAAAGAUCUCCAGACUUCCUAAAGAGCUCCGCUGGGUUCACCAGCUCUGCUUCUCCUCAGACUCCUCCAAACUCUUUGCUUCCUCUGCUCACUCAACUGUCAUUGUUGUUGCCCUCAACCAGCUGGAGUGUAAAUACCUUCACACCCUCAAACCAAAGUCUGGCUCCAGACAGCCAGUCCACCUGCUGUCUGCCAGUGAAGAUGGGAAAUGGCUGGCAACAGCAAACACAGACUGUGAGGUCCACGUCUACAACCUUCACAAGCUAAAGCUACAUUGUACAGUUCCAGUGUACAGCUCCUGCCCCACCGCCUUCGCCAUCAACCCAGCAACAAGCAACCUGGUUGUGGUGCAUGCAGACCAACAGAUCUUUGAGUACUCUCUGGUGCAGAAGGAGUACACAGAGUGGAGCAGGAAGCUGCAAAAACAAGGACUGCACUCCCUGUGGUUGGAGAGGGACACACUCAUCACUAACGUCACCUUCAAUCCUACAAACCCAGCUCACAUCAUCCUACAUGACAUGUUCAUGUUCUGUGUCAUCGACCAGAGUCUGCCACUUCCUGAGGCAAAGACUCUGCUCUACAAUCAGAUGACACUAAAGAGUCUUCCUGAGGCAGAGAGGAUACGACACAGUCAUGCUUUUAAGAUCUGCAAGAAUUUCCAGCAUCUCUUGUGUGUGAGUUUACUGGAGGACCGCUCUCUGGUUGUGGUGGAGCGCCCCCUGCUGGACAUCAUGUCUCAGCUGCCUGCACCUGUCCGUCAGAAGAAGUUCGCCACAUAAAUGAACUGUCAGAGAAAAGGAACAUUUUAAUGCUUUACUGUGACUUGAACAUCUGGACUCAUUUUCAAGAUGUGUUCAUGAGGGUUAACUUUGUAAAAAAAAAAAAAAAAAAGAAGAAAAGAAAAAAAAUUGAGAUAAAAUAAUAAAAAGAUUUAUUUACUGUCA